UUGUGUGGCCAGAGGAGAGCAGGGGUCCCAUGGGAACUGCGGGUGCUUGGAGCUGCAGGCUGGGGGGUCCUAACACCACUGUGGUCACCACUGAUGCCUGAGAGGAUGGGCUGCUGGGGGCUCCACACUGGACAUGAUCCAUCCUGACCACAAGGAAGUGACAUGUCACAGGGGUGAGGAAGUCCCACGGAGGAGGAAAUGCUCUAGUGUGGCUCCAUUGUGUGGGGCGAGUGUGGACAGUGAGAGGAGCAGAUGUUGUUUGUUUAAGGGGACGGCAAUCCCAAUCUAGACCUGGACCAGGAGCUGUCUUGUCAUCGGGAUUGAGCAGAUCCGGUGCACCAGGUUCAGGACUCUGCCUCAGUUCAUGCUGCUUCUGUCCCCAAGCUUCCUGCACCCCAACCAGCUUGAGUCAGUGUGGGAGAAGAUUGUGAGACCAAACACAGGCAGGACGAGGAAGCAAAGAGACCCCAGAAAGCAGAAGUGGGCCCUGCAGAGAGGACCCUCCGUGAGGAGGCUUGAAAUUAUCCCCCCUCACUAAUAGCCUGGCAUUGCUGUGGGUGACGUCUGUGCUGCAGACAUGACCCCAGGGGACGGGAGGUCGUGGCUGCCUGCAGCGCUGCUCCUUCUGCAGGUCCCAGGCUGUGUUUCCCAGAUUCUGAGUAGUCCCAUCUCCCUGGUGGGCACCGUGGGGCAAUCCGUGAGUGUGAUAUGUCCAUAUGAGAAGAUAUACGAAAACAAUGCCAAAUACUGGUGCAAAAGCCCAUGUUUGUGGAAGAUUGUGGAGACCACAGUCCCAGACGUAGAAGUGUGGAAUGGCCGUGUGUCUAUCAGGGACGUUUCUGCAACCCUCUCCUUCAGAGUGACCAUGAGGAACCUCAGAGAGGAGGAUGCUGGGACAUACCUGUGUGGGAUUGAUACAUCAGAGGUUCCAGGAUAUAUGUUCGACCUCACCUACCCAGUUGUGGUGUCUGUGACCCCAGGUCUUCACAUGGUCCUGCUAGACCCCACAUUGAAUACCGCAACCUCAGACGACUACUACACCUCCCGCCUACAUUCUGGGUCCCUGCUCAGCUGCAUCUACUUCCGGCUCCUGGUCUUCCUGGAGGUGCCCCUGGUCCUGAGCAUGCUCAGUGCUGUCCUCUGAGGGAACAGGCCUCAGAGGGCAUCUGGGGGGACGUGGCAUCAGCCUGAUAAAGCCAGUAAUGCCAACUGCCCAUUAAUGGAUAGGAAGAUGGGGUGCACGGGAAGACGGUGGGCAUGACGAAAGGAAUCCAGAUUCAUUGAAAACAAAUGACAAAGAGCCUGUUUGGGUUUGGAUUUCCUCAAAUCUGAUGGGGAGACAAGGACUUAGGUGCAAUUAGUUUAUGGAAUGGU